GUAACAAGUAAUAAAUAAAUUGUGAAGUCUUCGCGCAUUUACAAUGACUGAUGGAAGCUUAGAAAUGUGUAUUUUAAAGUUUCUUCCAUUUCAAUCUUUCAUUCACAACGAUUUUUGGCACAAGUAUGUCGAUAUUAAAAUAGACAUCGAUCGUUUAAAUGAAACAGGUCGAACAAUUAUCGGUACUAUAGCCUUGAGAAAGAAUAAGGUCCCAAUGGUAGAAGUGACAUGCAGUUCUCUCAACACAAAAUACGAAGAUGACUCGGUUUUAGGAUUCCGAUGCAAAGGAAUUUUGUUAAAUCAUAAUACGUUAGAGACUUUUAAGAAUUGUGAUAAAAAAGCACUUCUUAAAAUAGAAGCCAUUAAGUUAUACAGUGAUCUGCUGAAUCAGGAAUCAAUACAGAGCAGCUCAGAUUUAGUGAAAUUUUGUUUGCUUUCAUUUGCUGAUCUAAAAAAAUAUAAAUUCUACCACUGGUUUGCGUUUCCUGCACCUACGGAACUGAUAUUCAAGUAUGAUGAUGAAAAAACUAUCACAUCAAUCUCAGAAGAAAGACUUCGAUCGUGCAUCGUUCAGUUUCUGUAUCGAAAACCUACACCAAAUGAACCUUUUUUUAUUUAUCAUGUCAAUGAAGGGAUCAAACUAAUCUCAGAGUAUAUCCAACAUCACAAUAAAUUAGCGAACUUUCGUGAACAGGAUUUAAAUAAUUUAUAUUUUUGUUGCUAUGACCCAUCGGGUCAAAACAUCUCUUCACCUCCCGGUUGGCAAUUAAGACAAUUUCUAACGUAUCUCGUGAUAACAAGUCCUGCCCUUGCGGAACAAGGAAUAAAAUGUAUUCGAAUAACUGGCGGCACUGCAUCUGAACUUCAAUUUAGUGAAAUGAGAAUAUUUCUACCAAAACAUGUGUCGAACGUAAACAGCCUGUCAUCUUGGGUAGGUUGGGAAUCAGAUGAAAGUGGAAAAUAUCUUCCACGCUUAACAACUUUGAAUAACAGCAUGUCUCCGAAAAGACUCGCAGAGAAUGCUAUAAACCUAAAUUUGAAGCUUAUGAAAUGGCGUCUAGUCCCUUCAAUUAAUCUUAACGCUAUCAGUCGUACUAAAUGCCUUCUACUAGGUGCUGGAACGUUGGGAUGUAAUGUUGCUAGGUCUUUAUUGGCUUGGGGCAUUACUCACAUUUCAAUAGUCGAUUGCGGACAUAUUUCCUUAUCGAAUCCGAUUAGGCAAUCUUUGUAUCGGUACGAAGAUACAUUAAAUGGAGGGAAACCAAAGGCUUCAACAGUUGCUGAAAGAUUAUUAGAAAUUAAUCCAUCCGCGAAAAUUACCGGAAUAAAUUUGAAAAUUCCCAUGCCUGGACAUCCCGUUGGACAAGGAAACGAAGUAAAUGAGACAAGAGAGAUAUUGACCAAGCUUAUAAAUCUCAUACAACAACAUGAUGUUAUUUACUUACUGACGGAUUCGCGUGAAAGUCGUUGGUUACCAACAAUGCUUGGUCGGUUUUAUAACAAGAUUGUUAUGAAUGCAGCUCUCGGAUUCGAUUCUUACCUUGUUAUGCGACAUGGAUUUCAAACAAACAACAUCAUGGAAGCAGAAGGCGAUACUAAUCUCUCGUCGACAGUUAUUGCAGGAUUUCAUAAGAUCAACUGCUGUGAUUUAGGAUGUUACUUUUGUAAUGACAUUGUUGCUCCUGGGAAUUCAAUGAAGGAUCGUACAUUAGAUCAACAGUGCACUGUUACGAGACCAGGUGUAUCGAGUAUGGCUUCAGCAUUAGCAGUAGAAUUGAUGAUAUCAAUCAUUCAACAUGGGGAUGCGCCAGCAUACUAUCGGACACCAAAAUCUGAUCCACAUGCUCAACAACAAGAGCCAGAAGGAUUGCUUGGAAUAAUUCCGCAUUCAAUACGUGGCAACAUUUCUACGCUACAAUCAAUGGUUACAGCUACGGCACGUUAUACAAACUGUGUGGCAUGUUCAUCUUUAGUUCUCGAGCGCUAUGCCACCAGUGGGCAGGAUUUUAUUAUAAACGUUUUAAAUGGAUCAGAAUCGCUCGAAGCUAUAGUGGGAUUACACAAAUUAAUAUCUAGCAUCCAUGAAGUCAAUAUGAAGGAUACGCUUGACCUCGGUAGCGACUUUUCUGAUGAUUACUAAUAUUUUUUCCGAAUAAAUGUAUCCAACAUUAUUUGUAACGAAA